CGGAGAUUCACUUGUUGUCUUUACAUUUACAGAUGAGUGCAGGUUUCGAGACAGGCUGUAUGUUUGGUAUUAGGGAUGCGUGGGUCUCUGCAGUCGCAAAGCAUAAUAAUGCAGUUAGAGCUUAUGAAAAAAACUUAGUUAGAUCUCAACGUUCAAUUGCCAGAAUUACAGAUCUGCUGGAGGAGAGUUUUACUUCGCUUUCCCUUAGUGUAAAUUCUGAAGGAAAUGAAGAGGCCUCUACAAAUACGUGUCAAACAGAAAUAAAUUAUACUCCAGCAGAAAUAUACCCUUCGACAGCAUGUAUGGGUUACUAUGGGUUUUCGCGGAGACAAGCUAAUCAGGAUUUACUCAAUGAUAUCAUCAAUAACAUCAUCAGUAUUCGAAUCGAAGUAAUGAACCUGCGGUGCCAAAAAUUAGGAUCUGUCUUGCGUAUGUCACACCAAGUUUUUUUGGUUUUUUACGGUCUACUUAGGACAUAUAGGAAUCUUUAGGAAUCCUAGUUACAAUGUCAAAUUUUUCUGUCAUGUAAACAAAAAAGGGAAUAUUCGAUAUAAAAUCAAGAUAUUUACGAAGAAUAUGUUUUGGUUUUCACUUGAGAUAUAUGGCAAGUUAUAGUCAGCCUAUUAUAAACCUGAUGUGUAAUUAUUCUCGUUUUCAAAGUGGGGUCGAAUUUUAUACAUUGAUUAUGAUAUGAACUCAUCCCCUCUAUGCUUGUUAAAAAGUUGGUCAUGUAGAUCACUUGCUACUACGCUUAGUGAUAGCUAUGUUUAAUUUACGAUGUAAAUGAGUCUUUUGUACUGUGUAAAUUAGUAGUCUUAUGAGUCUUACGUCACGUAAACGUACAACACAGACGAUAGAGAAUGGGAAAUUCAACGAUGACAGCUAAAAAAUACAAAAAACCCUGUGGAACGUGGUCAGAACUGCCAAUAUGCUAUGUGUUAAGAACGACAUUAAAAAUCAUGAUUCAAAAUAAAAACAAAUCUCAAAUGUCACCUGAGGUUUCUAAUCACCUGUGUAUUUCUAUCCUUAAAUGUGGCAGUUUUGUAUACACCUAGUGACAUCUAAUAUGCGACGCCGGUGAUUAGUAAUUCGUGUUGUUUUUUGUAUGGCUCAUUUCCAAUUUCUUGCUGCUCCAAACAUUUUGUGCGCUUUAAGCUUACACGAUCAGUUCAAUCUGUCCAACAUCCACCUUCAGUUAGUAACUGGAAAUUCGUAGUACGUGUUCCAGCCGUACUAACAUAAUCAAAUUCGAUUUAGUCAGUCAUCUUUGUUUAUUUCACGACUUACAUAAAGUGUUUGGAUUCCAGAAGUUACUUUUACCAUAUGGGAAACUUUUAAUGACAGCAGCGACGAAUCGUAUUGAUUAGUUUCGUUUCGAAGCAAGAUAGCAGUAACGUAUAAAGAUCAAACGCAAGGAAUUUGAAAGUAGCCGAGUAAUUUCUGUCUCCAACCACCUAUGUUGGUUCUUCUUGUUAUUAUCAGUACUCCUGUCGUCGUGAAUCUAACACUAUGACUGGUGUCCAAUCUAUUGACAAACCAACUCAUGAUGUAUGAAUGCCUAUGUCAACUUGUUCUAAUUCUGUUUCAUCAACAUUGUGUUGAUAGGAUAUUACUAAAGGAUUUGAGUAGUUUUCCUGAUGUUGCACCAGAGUUUUCCAUCUUCAUUUAUUUGUCUCUAUAAUGCUGUUUCAGAACCAAUAACUAGUCUGCUUUUAAGUGAGCCGCUGCAUCAGUAUUUAUCUAAAAUAUUCAGAUUAUUUAGUUGGCGUAAAGAUUGUGCUCCUCGUAAACUUUACUUGCUAAAUGCUUUCACAUGCGAUCGAUAUUCACUUACAACGAUCGUAAGUUAGAACGUAAACUACUUCUGUUACGCGAUAUUCUCCACUGCUACCAGCGUUUUACAGUACCAUUUACUUUUCGUCUGUUUACUUCAUCUGCAGUUCUAUGCAACCGUCAGCGUCGUUUCUCCCUGUUUAUGGCUGUUGUGUUAUGAACUGCCGUACUGUAGAUCAAUCAACAUUCCUCCUAGAUCGCCUUUUACUGAGAGCGAUAUGUUUUUGUUCAUUAUUUGAAUUGUGCUAAAUUUAUCGUGCAAUAGUCGAAUAAUAUCACCAACCUUGAUAAAUAAUACUCGCAUCCUGAAGCUGUAUACAUAGCACUUUGGUAAAUUUGCUAAAACGUCUGUAUUUUUAGGUUUUGCUUUUCUAGUAUUUGUCUGUAAGUUAAUUAUAUUCCAUUUGGUUCUCCAUGGCUGUUUGCCUAGUAUUUUUAACAUUUACAUAUGGUGUAUCUCGGAAUCCUGUAUGGAAUCAAGUACAUAAUUAUUCAUUUGCAAUAUUUAGACGAUCUUCUAUAUCGUGAUUAUGGAUAAUUACCAACUUCCCUAAUUUUGUAGGUCCAUCGGAUAGCUUGAUAAAUGAAAUUGAAGAAAUCGAAACUCGAGCUUUGACUUUGAUGACUUCGCCAUCUCCUAUUUUCGAUGAUUGUGACGGAGCAAUGGAUUAUCAAAUGGAAUUAAUCAUGAAAAAACUAGAACUUCAAGCUAAAGAAUGUCUCCUAGCUUGCAAAACUCUUGCUUCCACAGGUACUCCAAAAACGAAGCAACUGCAGUCAACGAUAAGUGUUACAUCAGAUGUGUCAUUGUCUGAGAAUGAUUCUGUGUUUCCAACUUUUGAAAAGGCCCGUGCACUGCUUGAAAAUUACACAAAUAUACUUUAUCCGUCAUUAUGGGAUUCAAAAUUCAAAAUGGAUGCCUUAAAAAUAAAACAGGAUAUUACCUGUGCAUGCAGUCAAGUGAGUUAACUGUUGUGAACGGAUGCUUAUUUACUUAUCCACUUUUUUUAACUGAAGCUAACCCGUUCACUGUUUCAUAAGGUCGAUGAGAGGAUCGUAGGUUCACUAGUUUCCAGUUAUAUUGUAUCGUAAUUUUAUAAGAAGCCUCCAUUUAUGUCCCAAAUCUACCAUAGUAAUGAUGCAAUCACUCUUCCCCCGCUUUUGUCAUAAAUACAAAGCCAUCCUAGUCUGUUAUUCCUCUUUUUUUGUUUUAAUUUUGGCGCCUCAUAUUUAUUCGGUUUGUUAACCAUUUUAUGGAUACGGAGGAUUCAUCUAGGGGAGUUGAAAAACCCUGAUUCCAAACCAAUGGUGUACAUGGGCUCCAGGAUCCAAUGUUUAUAAUAAUAAUGCUUAAAUAAAUAAUUUGUUCGUGUUCCCAGGUCACUAAGACCAGCAUUAAUUCACUAUCUUUUCCAGUUCCUUCAAGGAGAAAUAUCCUUCCACAGAGUGGGCAUUCAGGAAGUAAAAGCCGUCCUCAUACCUCUAUCAGCACAUGAGAUCGUCUUGCUAACGAUUAAAUCACUCUCUCUCAGUGAUCGCCUCGUUUUCACGACUAACCCUGUUCGUAUAUCUUUGUCACCAUGCGCUACCAAUAUCAAUGGUUUGAGUGCACAAAAUAUUAUUCCUGGUCUCCUGAAACCACUCUAACCUACAUGUUGGAGCUAUUAAUUUUCGAGCCUUUUAUCAGAUAGGACAACAAGGUUUUUUAGCUAGGACUCUAGAAUCUCUCUCUAUCGAUGUAUACUGGGCUUUCGAAAUGCACAUAUGUGAUCCAAGUAAGGUCAUUCAUUCGACCUCACCUUGCCACUAUAAAGAACCGACACGAUUUACCCUUCGAGUAUCUGGAGACUCCACUGCUGCUUCCCAUGGCCUCGCUGGUGUAGGUAUAGAGUUUAAGUUAUAAAGCAGAACAGGUUCUGUUAGACUGGAUUCCAGUCGUUUGUGAAUUAUCUGACUAAACGGGAAAGUAAGAACUCGAGAAUAUAAGGGUAUGCGUCGUUCCCUUUUCGUUGUCUCUGCCUACGCUCCCACUGAUUGCCGCUCAGACGAACUUAAGGAUGGGUUCCAUAGGAAACUAUCCAAUCUUAAAAAAGCUAAACGCUCUGAUGUAGUAAUAUUGGGAAGUAGUUUUAAUGCUCAAUUAGGUAAACUAAACCAACCCGAAAGGCACUUAGACUGAUCCUACGGUGCUACGGCUCAGAGAACAGAUAAUGGCGACCGUCCGUUCGCUUUAUGCUCAGAAAACCGUCUUUAAACAUAAGAAGAAACGUCUAACGUGGCGACCCCACAAUCGACUCGUCGAUGGACCCGAAUAGACCAUACUUCCAUCAGCCAUCUCUGUAGAGGCUCGAUAGAAGACUGUCGCCCAUUCUGAAGCACAUAUUUAGACUCAGAUCAUACUCUAGUUCGAGUACGUAUUUGUCUUCGUCUCAUUGGACAUUGAAAAGCCAUAACGUGAAAACUCAAAGUGAAAAAGUUAGGAGUAUAUUUCAGGAACAACUAAAGACGGAGUUAGUCAACCAUGAAAGUGAUGCCCACCCCUAGACAGUUUAGCAUGAUAUCCAGAAAGCUGUAGAAACAGCAAUGAUAUAUACUAGUAACUGCAACCAAAACGUUGGGAAAACUCGGUGGGUUUUAGCAGUGUCUACAGAAUUGAUAGAUGCUCGGAAACUCAUCCCAUCUGACUCAGAACACGAUGAGGAGCUGAGGCAGCUUAAACGUAGGCAAAUAAAGAGCCUACGUAAUGAUCGUGAGCAGUGGUGGAUAGAGAAAGCAGAAGUGAUGGAAAAGGCAGCAGCGAUAGGUAACAGUAGACAACUGUUCAAAAUUAUCAAGGAAACGGGUAUUAAAAAUCCGUCUGUUAGUGAGAC